GAAAGACGAAAGUUUGGUCCAUUGGGCUGGAAUAUUCCUUAUGAGUUUAAUCAGGCAGACUUCACAGCCAGCGUGCAAUUUGUUCAGAAUCAUUUGGAUGACAUGGACAUUAAGCGUGGGGUGAACUGGAGCUGUGUUCGCUAUAUGCUUGGGGAAGUGCAGUAUGGUGGCCGUGUAACUGAUGACCUUGACAAAGCACUGCUGAAUACAUACGCAAGAGUGUGGUUUGGAGAGCAUAUGUUUACUGAAAAUUUUUGUUUCUACAAAGAUUAUGUUAUUCCAAAAGGGAAAACAGUUGAAGACUAUCUCCAGUACAUAGAGCAAUUGCCAGUGACUGAUACACCUGAGGUAUUUGGACUUCACCCUAAUGCAGAUAUAACUUACCAGACUAACCUGGCUAAUGAGACAUUAAGUAUAAUAGUGAGCAUCCAGCCCAAAGACAGCAGCACUGGAGGAGGAGAAACCCGAGAAGCAGUGGUACAGCAUCUUGCUGGUGAAAUGCUAGAGAAGCUACCUCCAGAUUAUAACCCUCAUGAGGUGAAAGUCCAACUUGAAAAGAUGGGAGCUAUUCAACCGAUAAACAUAUUUCUCCGUCAAGAAAUUGACCGCAUGCAACAUGUUAUAUCAAGAGUUCGAACUACACUGACUGAUCUCAAGUUGGCUAUAGAUGGAACCAUAAUUAUGUCAGAAGAAUUGCAAGAUGCUUUAGAUAAUAUGUAUGAUGCUAGAAUUCCAAAACUAUGGUUUAGGAUUUCCUGGGAGUCGGCUACUUUAGGAUUUUGGUUUACUGAGCUUCUUGAAAGAAACCAGCAGUUCAGCAGCUGGCUGCGGGAUGGCCGACCAAACCAGUUCUGGAUGACAGGAUUCUUUAAUCCACAGGGAUUCCUAACUGCUAUGAGGCAAGAGACAACUCGUAUGAAUUUAGCAAAAGGCUGGGCACUCGACAGUGUUGUUUUACACAAUGAAGUGACCAAGAUGAUGAAAGAAGAUGUUGUUGGCCCUCCUCCUGCUGACAUUGGUGGUGUUUACAUAUAUGGCCUUUUCCUCGAAGGGGCGGGUUGGGACCGCAAAAACAGCAAGCUGGUGGAGUCAGCACCAAAGGUGCUGUUCACAAGUCUUCCUGUAGUCCAUGUGUAUGCUGUUAGCACAACAGCACUACCUGAUCCAAAGAAGCAACAAGGAAGUGUGUAUUCCUGCCCUGUCUACAAAAAGCCCCGGAGAACAGAUCUGACAUACAUUUUCUCCUUGAACCUGAAAACAGUGCAGAAUCCUGAUCAUUGGACUUUGCGGGGGGUUGCACUACUGUGCAGUUCAAAAUAA